ACGUUAAUGUAUAUAACUGUCAUCAAAAGCUGAAGCAAAAUUUCAAAUUCAAUUCCAAUAUCGCUCUGAAUCCUGGCAAAAGUUUUAAACUUUGGAGCUGCUUCUCCCUCUCUAAGCUUUAGAACACUCCUACUCCUACCCUUCAAGAACUGCAGAUACAGUAGGAUCAUGGCUGCAGCGCAUAGCAGCAAUGCUGAAAAGAAGAUUGUGAGAGUUGACAUUAGCUCUGAUACUGUAUGCCCAUGGUGCUUUGUUGGCAAAAAGAAUCUAGACAAAGCCAUAGCCGCAUCUAACGAGAAAUACAACUUUGAGCUAAGAUGGCAUCCCUUUCAACUUGAUUCUAAUGCCCCUAAAGAAGGCAUUGACAAGAAGGAGUAUUACAUAAGAAAGUUCGGAUCACGAUCUGAACAGAUGGCGGCACGGAUGUCAGAGGUCUUCAGGAAUGUUGGUCUAGAAUAUAGCAUGUCUGGACUCACGGGAAACACUAUGGACAGCCACAGGCUUAUAUAUUUUGCAGGACAACAGGGUCUUGACAAGCAACAUGCUCUUGUGGAAGAACUUUGCCUUGGCUAUUUCACUCAAGGAAAAUACAUUGGUGACCAGAACUUUCUUCUGGAAUGUGCUGCAAAGGUUGGUGUAGAAGGUGCAGAAGACUUUCUUAGGAACCCCAACAAUGGAUUGAAGGAGGUUGAGGAUGAACUCAGAACAUACUCAUGUAACAUUGGAGGAGUUCCAUAUUAUGUGAUUAAUGGGAAUCACAAGCUGAGUGGUGCUCAACCCCCUGAGGUCUUUCUGAGAGCUUUUGAAGUUGCUACAAGUUAAACUUCUCAGUUAUGAACUUUCCCAUUUUGUCAUACACAACCUUGUUCUUGCAAAUAAUACGUUGGUCUGUAACAUGCGAUCUAUACUCUACUGUACCAAAUAUGAAAACAUUCCAUCUUAUCUCUUCUCCAUUGUAAAUCAUUCCUUACAAGUUACAACUAUUAAUAACAAAGUGAAUGAUCAUGUCUUUGCUGGUAUGUAAUUGAAUGCACACUA